AUGCCGGCUUCAGAGGACCUCAUCAACUUUGAUGUGAUUGAGAGUCACAAGGAGAACAUUCAAUCUCUGCCGGGCGGCCGCUCGGCAAAGAAGCUGGCCGAACUCUACUCGCCGUCUCCCCUGCACAAGCUCACCACGCCCACGCCCUCAGACACCAAGAACGUUAACGACUGCAUCCGUGCAGAGUAUGAGGCCGAGAUCAAGAGCAUCUCCGAGUCAGACGACCCUCUCGACAUAUUCGACCGAUACGUGCGGUGGACGCUCGACGCGUACCCGUCGGCACAGGCAACGCCGCAGUCGCAGCUACACACGCUCCUUGAGCGAGCCACCAAGGCUUUCAUCUCGUCGGCCCAAUACAAGAACGAUCCGCGGUACUUAAAGCUAUGGAUGCAAUACAUCCACUUCUUCUCCGACUCCCCGCGAGAGGCGUACCUGUUCCUCUCUCGCCACGGCAUCGGGGAGGGGCUCGCGCUCUUCUACGAGGAAUACGCGGCAUGGCUUGAGGGCGCAGGCCGCUGGGCGCAGGCCGAGGAGGUCUACAAGCUCGGCAUCGAGCGAGAUGCUCGUCCGGUCCAGCGGCUGCUGCGCAAGUCCAAGGAGUUCGAGGAGAGACUCGCCCAACAGCCAGAAGCGGCGGCCGCCCCGUCGUCGCCCGCGCUGCCUACUGUUCGCCCGGCGCUGGCGGCGAAAACGGAUCCGUUCAGUUCCUCGGCGCGGCCCGCGGAUCCUCAGGCGCCGCGACAGGGUAGCGACGUUGGUGGCGCCAUAUCGAGGCCAGCCAAGUCGAAGCUCGCCAUCUUCUCCGACGCUGACGCGAAGCCGGCGGCCCUUUCGACAAUGGGCGAAGGGUCCCGUGGAUGGGACACCAUCGGCUCCAUCGUGGAUCGUAAGAAGGAAAACACACUGGAACCCAAGCCUUGGGUGGGGGAAACGCUCAAGGCGGGUGUGAAGAAGGGAGCUGCACCGAAAAUGACAGUGUUCAGAGAUGCGUCUCUCUCGCAAAUUAACAACAUUGUCGUUGUCCCGUCCAAGAACCAAGUGACGAUACAUCCACAGACGGGUAAGAAGGAGUGCAUCUACGUUGAGCUGGCAGCCAUCUAUCCCGCCCCCGAGCAGCAGGGGAUGGAACUGAGCUUCGAGGAGAUUGUUGCUGCGAACCGGGGCUGGCUCGAUCACAUCUGGGACGAUGAGUUGGUUGACGAGAGCCGGGUUUCGGAGCCCGAAUCCCAGUUGCACGAGAUUGAGGAGCUCAGCAGAGAUGUGGUCAACAAGCUUCAAGUCCACCAAGAUCGCGUCCGGUACGACGAAAACGGCGUCGUCAUGGAACCCCCGCGCGACUCUCGGCUGGGCAAGAAGAAGAAGGUGAUGGAGGUGAAUGAGACUCAAAUAAUCAAAGCAAAGCUGGACUCGCCCUCGGGCCCGAAACUCCGCAAGAAGAACACGUCGGAGCCGACAAUGACACUCCACACCAAGGCUGCUACUGACGACAUAUACGACAUUUUCAAUGCGCCUCUCCAGAACUCCGGCGCCCAGGACGAGGCGGAUAGCGCCGAUGAAGAAGACUACGAGACUGAUGGCGACUGCACAACCGAUGCCGAGAGCACCGGCACAACCAGAGCGGUGGAUACCAGUCAACAUGAAGAAGACGAAGCCUCUGAUGUGAAAAGCGUGAGCGAGUGGUCCGACUUUGCGACCCACAAACACAUUCCAGAUAUCGAGAGAGGGCAGGAGGUCGAGAGAGCGGAUGACGAGGUGGUGCCUGACGAGAGGCAGACAUGCAGUCUCGACAUGGCCGAUGCCGAGGACACGCCGCCGCAGGGCGAGGACGAGCAAGACGAGCCCGUCGCCGAAGGGGAAUCGCCGCCGAGGACGCGUACGAUUUAUGUUCCGCUCCCGCCCGAGGAUUACGAUCCGCCUACUCGUCCGUAUAGGGACCCGGUCGAGGUGGCCAAUAGUCGACUCCCGUUCAUGACUCCGAUCACGGAGCGGACAGAAUGUUCCCUAGACGUUGAUGCCGAGCGGCAGAGGCAGCAUAAGACGCCAUGCAAAGGCGAGCUGUCCUCGCCUAUGCUGCAGGAGCCUCUCGCCCUGGAACCGCUCAGCAGUCCGCUGCAGGAGAUUGAGAACAACGAGUCGACAAUCCCUCGGGUUCCAGCAUCGCCAAUGCCAAUGUCUGCAGCCCCGGGAAAAGAGACCCACAAACCGCUGCCUGCCAAGGGUCCGGUAGUCCACGACAAGCAGUGCAAUCCGGUUGAUGAGGCUAUCCGUCGGGACAUUCUCGACAACGCGAGCCCCCCCCUGGCAUCCUACGGUGGUUUCUACGACCAUGGAGACGAUAAGUACGAGCGAGGGGGCGAGAUUCGCAGGUUUGCCAAGGCUCUGAGCAAGGCCAGCAAAAGCGGCGCGGACAAGUCUGCGAACCCCCCCGAUGCCGUCGCCAUUCAGUUUCCAGGCGUAGAAGCCGUGUACAGCCUGAAGCGAGAGCUGGGCGCCGGUGCCUUUGCGCCCGUCUACCUGGUGGAGAAUUCGGCGCCGGAUAAAGAGACGGACGAUGGCGCCGUGGCAGUCAUGGGCAAAGGCGCUUUCGCCGUCAGCCACCGCAGCAAGCUCGAGGCCCUCAAGAUGGAGUCUCCCCCGACCCCGUGGGAGUUUUACCUGAUGCGUGUGGCUCACACGCGCCUGGGCCCUCAGCACCGAGCCACGGCGUCCCUGUCGUACGCGCAUGAGAUGCACCUCUACCAGGACGAGGCCUUCUUAUUCCUUCCCUACCACGCGCACGGCACGCUGCUCGACAUUGUCAAUCUCUUCCGCACCGAGCCGUCGGGCGUCAUGGACGAGCUGCUGGCCAUGUUUUUCACCGUCGAGCUGCUGCGGACCGUUGAGGCGCUUCACUCCAAGGGCGUCAUGCACGGCGAUCUCAAGCCGGACAACUGCCUGCUUCGGCUGGACGCCGCAGCCUCGGAGCAACCGCAGGGGCUGGCGGCGCAGUGGAGGGCCGACGGCGGCGGUGGCUGGUCGUCGAGGGGCCUUGUGCUGAUCGACUUUGGACGCGCCAUCGACAUGAAGGCGUUUGUGCCCGACGUCGAGUUCAUCGCCGACUGGAAGACGAGUACGCAGGACUGCGCCGAGAUGCGCGAGGGCCGCCCGUGGACGUGGCAGAUUGACUACCACGGGCUGGCCGGCACCGUGCACUGCCUCCUGUUCGGCAAGUACAUGGAGACAGCGCGAUGUGACCAGGGCGGGCUGGGCAAGACGGGACGCAAGUACAGGAUCCGCGAGAGCCUCAAGCGCUACUGGCAGACGGACCUCUGGGGCGAUCUGCUCGAGGUGCUGCUCAACCCAGGCUCGUUCCUCGAGGCCGAAGAGGGCGGGCGCAUGCCGGUGCUCAGGUCCAUGAGGGGCGUGCGCGAGCGCAUGGAGGCGUGGCUCGAGGCCAACUGUGAGAGGGGCGUCGGACUGCGGUCGCUCGUGGGCAAGCUCGAGGCGUAUGCCAAAAGUCGCCGAUGA